AUGAAGGUUGUUUCCGAAAUUUUAGAAUCCAACAAUUUAAAUGUUAUUGAUGCAUUUUCAAUUAUAAAUAGUACCAAAAAUACCCUGCAAACUAUAAGAUCAAGUCCCGAUGAAGUAAAUAACCUAAUUGAAGCCUCCAAAAAAUUUUCUGCAUCAUUACAUGUCAACGCAGACGAAGAUUUAGAAGGCAUCAUCGACGGAAAGUUAUUCCAAAAAGGUUGGACCAACAAAAUGAAAAUGAAGCGCUCAUGGAUACAAACGAAUUUAAUCGUCACGAAUUCUUUCAAGUUUUAG